GGCGGUGGAUCAGGCGAGGCGCAGACGCUGCAGGCUGCAUGAAUGGGCAGAACAAAGCUCUGUCACAACUGUGCUUCCUGGUUGUCGCCUCCUGCCUGUAAGCGGCUGAACGUUUCCCGCUUGAUAUCAUCAUGCAGAAAGAGAUGAACGAGACGCAAUGAGAGAUUCAGAAACUACAGUGGAUUCUGAAAGGCUGUGGCAGAGAACUUCAGGAAAGCUAGCUCAGCGGGAGAGGUUUCUUUCAGUGGCCCUGCUCAUCAAGUAGAGGAAAGCAAAGGUACAGAAGAGGACAUCUGUGCAAGUGAGACAGUGACGGACCCCCAGUCAGAUGCUUCCCUACAGACUUCUUAUCUCCUUUCGUUUGGUGGUAGAAUACAAAGUAGUCAUCGCGGGAGGACAAGAACUGCUCUGGGCGUUGGAUUUGAGGCUGGGCCGGAAGACGUGAUCAUCUCUUCCUUUCCGACAGUUGGACCACAAUGGAGACUCUGUCCCAGGACACUCUGCUGGAAUGUCAGAUUUGUUUCAAUUACUACAGCCCUCGGCGGAGGCCCAAGUUGCUGGACUGCAAACAUACCUGCUGCUCGGUUUGCCUUCAGCAGAUGAGGAGCAGCCAGAAGGACCUGAGGUGUCCAUGGUGCCGAGGGAUCACUAAACUGCCGCCCGGAUUUUCUGUCUCUCAGCUGCCAGAUGAUCCGGAGGUCAUUGCUGUGAUUGCCAUCCCCCACACAUCAGAGCACACUCCCGUCUUCAUCAAACUUCCGAGCAAUGGGUGUUACAUGUUGCCCUUGCCCAUCUCCAAGGAGAGGUCCCUCUUGCCGGGGGACAUUGGCUGCCGCCUUCUGCCAGGCAGCCAACAGAAGUCUCUCACUGUGGUGACAAUACCAGCUGAGCAGCAGCCCUUGCAAGCUGGGGUCCCACCAGAUGCAGGAGAGGAGGAGCAAGACAGGAGGGGCAUUGUGAAAAGCUCCACCUGGUCAGGGGUUUGCACCGUCAUCCUGGUGGCCUGCGUCCUGGUCUUUCUCCUUGGUAUUGUCCUCCACAACAUGUCCUGCAUCUCCAAGCGUUUCACUGUGAUCUCGUGCGGCUGAAAGAAGGCUGCAGUGGCGAUACUCCUGUGGGCUAAUUUUAGGGGUUUGGGGAGGGUGGUUAUGGUGUUGGCAGGAUGCCAUGAAAUGAAGCACUGUCACGUGGAGCGUUCUGCAGUACUGAGUCAUUGACACUGGGCAAGCUGGUUGAUAGUUCAGAGUCUGCUGUAAAAAGUAGGACAGUGAAACCUGUUGGUAGAGUAUGGGGCAUGUCCAGUGCUUAUCUGCAGGUAACAGUAUCAAGGAAGACUGCAUGCAUCACCAUAAUCACUUAACAAAUGAGCUGUAAUUUAUAAUGAUUUCAUCAUGUUAUGAGAUUAAAGAUAUCUAUUUAGCUGGUUCUGCUCUACAAGUAUAGGACAUGAUCUCUCUCUCUUUCUCUCUCUCUCUCUCUCUCUCUCUCUCUAUCUCUGUGUGUCUCUCUCAACAGAGUAGUUGAUUUACAAAUCAAAAUGCUGUAUGUUCAAGUAGAAUUACACAUCAGAAUUAAGGAAGUCAAGCUACCCAGUACUUUUCCAGACGUAGUGGAAACAUAAUUCUCUUUAUUUCUAAACAGCAACAGGGGAAAUUGUGAAAAGUAAAAUAGUCCUUUAGUCCAUAAGGCUUUUGUAUCUUUUAAACUGCACAUUAAUUAAAAUGGUUUUAAAAAUCUGUGCCAGUUAUAGAAAGCAAACAGUUUUUCUAAAGCAUUGGAAGUAUUUUGGAUGUAAUAUAUCUGUGUGUUUAUGUGCAUUCUGUUUUCAUCUGUAGUUUAGUGUUUGUUUGUUUUUUUAAAAAAAUUGAAAUGCGAUCCAAGCAUAGAAGCAAUAAAGGGGAUCUAGGAAGGGGACCUAGAUAUCCAGCCAGAAUGUUUUUAUGUAUGUGCCCUUCUGCAAAGCACUACUUGAAAAUGUAAAUCCUGGGCAUGUUGUUUCAAGCACACAUAGUGGAUGUCGUGGGUUUCUUAAGAACCUGUCCUUCCUGAACUAGAAGAGAUGGCAUAGUUCAAGACACAGGCUGAUCUUUCAAUAUGACCUAGUGAAUAGCUUUUGAAGACUUAUAUUCAGGUUCCAUAUCUUUUGAAUGCAAGUUGAAACUACAUUACAGAAUGAAGCAUAAAUUCAAUAUAAUUCUAUAGAUGCUUAUUUAUUAUUGCCAGCGGCAAUGCUCUUGAAGAUUAUGGUGAUGAUACAGAAUAAACAAAUCAACCAGUAGGGUGGCACCCCUUACCACCAAAGGCAUUUAGAGUAAGGAGAAAAUUAAAAUCACAAAGGAAAAGCAAAGAAAAAUGACAAUCUCUUAAAGAAGAUUAUGAACAGAAAGGCUGUUACCCCAUCCAAACCUCCAUUGGACUGAUGUGAAUUGCCAAGAUGAGCUUCUUCCUGCAAAACUUAAAACAGCUUUGCCCAUUACCAAGGGAAAUAUACUGUUUAUAUAACUAAGGGUGGGGAGGGGAAGAUAGUUUUGAAAAUAGUGCCUCUUGGAACAGCUGGAUUCUAUUGAUCAUGUUGAGAAAAAGCAUGGUCCUCGCAUUGGUGGCAAGAAAGUCAAAAAGUAUCCAAGGCUGUUGGUUCAUGUUAUCCUGAAUCAGUAAUCCCUGUUUAUACAGACAAGAGUCCCAGGGUACUUUUAGCAGUACCAUCUUGUUCAUUUUGCUGGACAUACUGUCUGUUUGCUGGGGAUUAUGAAUCCUGCCUAUUCUGCUGUUUGCGUCUUGAGACAAAACAGAGGCAAGUUUGGAGCCUGCAAAUUGAAGACCUAUAGGUGAACUCUGGGAUAGAGAGUCCAUUGCUCCAACAGUGGCACAGGCCUCUCUAAGCAGGAAUGAGUAGAUAGAAAUGGAGAGGUUCUUACCCCUUCCAUGAUCCCAGAUUUUAUGUACAAGGUGGUGGAUAUUUUGAGGUAUUCCCCACUUUCUCCAUAUCAGUGCAAUGCCGGUGGAUGUUAUAUGUUGAUGGAAGCUACUGGGAUGGCCCUUAUUCUCCCACUUCCCAGCUUCUGUUCUUCAUGUUCCAUUCUUCAUUUCAUGGGCCCAAAGUGAACCUAGGGAUAUCAAACAAAUGUUUAUGAAUCUGACCCACGGCUUCUGCAGCGGACUGGCUUUUCCCCAGUUGGGGGGAUUCCGCGGAUUGUGGGCUAUUUUCUUGUCUUUCCAGAAUUUUGCAUGCAUUUAGUAAGAGAAAAAUACAUUUUUUUAAAAUAAAAUCAGCUGAAAAUGCAUAUUUCCCUGAGAGGCUAAAGCAUGAAAAUGUGCAUUUCAGGGAAAUUUGUGCAUUGUGGGCAGAUUUGUGCUAAUUUGGACGAUCUGCAAAAUGCUGAUGGAACGGAGUUUACAGGAUCCAUACAUGUCUACACCACCCUUUAAUGUACAUUUAUCCAGGCCAACCUUCUCCACCCUAGUGCCCUCCAGAUGUUUCAGACAACGUCUGAUCAUAGGCCAUGCUGGCCGUAGCUGAUGAGUGUUGUUCCAAAGAUUUGGAGGUCGGGGAAGGCUGCUCUAGAUCCAUUGUACAGAUAAGCUUUUUUCCCCCCCAAAGGGCAUCAGUCUUUCAUUAUUUUAGUUACUGUAGAGGAGGCUGAAACAGGUUUUCUCCCCUUUAACUCAAAGCCAAGCUAGACAAUCAGUAGAAUUUUAUGUUGUGCAACUCUGUCACUUAAGACUGUAAGUGAGGGGGUACUGUUUGACUGCUCUCCCAUUCAAUAAACACCCUGCCUGUAACCAUAACCUCUCCAGCACUAUCACCCUUAAUCACCUUGAAAAUCUUUUGCUCUCUGGCAUGACUCUGACUGUUCAUCCUCUGCACUCUCCUUAAGCAAUCUGUCUUUGAAACCCACCCUUUUCCACGAACCUUUGGUGUAGUUCCUUAAUCAUUGUUCCAUCUUUAACCAAGUUUAGAAAUGGAUAAUUCCAUUGACUUGCAUCCAUCCCUUGUAACCCUUGUCUCAAGUAUCCCCUCAGGCUCUGCUGUCUUCACUUAUAUUUGUUUCCGAUUGUAAGCUCAUUGGGGAUGGGUACCUGUCUAAUUGUUUGCUUACGAAACUCAAUAAAGUGUUACGUACACUUAGAUGUGGCAUUAGGUAAAUAAUAAACUAAAAGCAUGUUGGGCGAAAGGCUAGGCUAGAAACUUUAACAUGCCAGUGCUCUCAGUGCAGGGAGAGGUUUUUAUUAAAAAAAAUCUUAUUAUGAUUACAUGGUACAGUCCAGCUGAUGUUUCAGUAUCUAGUUUUGUGUAGCUGGGCUCAAACAGAGGCUGACCAGCAGAGACUUUGAGAAUCAACCGCAUGUCCAAAGAGACUCUUAGGAUAAACAAAGUUCCACAGGGUCACCUCCCCCUCUCCCAUCUCACUGAUAAGAGAAAUCUGCAACUGUUUAAUGUUGCCCUGUAGGAAAGCUCUAAAAAGGACAGAAGUCCUAUCCCAGCCUGAUGCUUUCCAGAUGCGUUGGCCUAAUAACUCCCACCCUUCUCAGCCAGCAUUGCCAAUGCAUCUGGAGGGCAUCAAGUUGGGCAAGUUGACC